AUGGACUCUGUCAUGAAAGAGUUCGAACACCUUAAAAUCCAGCUGGAAGAGUUAAGAAAAGCCACCGAUAAUUUUGGUAGCAAAGUUAUAGGAGCCGGUGGAUUUGGGAAGGUAUAUGAAGGAGAAGUGGUACACUCUAAGGGCCGAAGCAUGGUUGCUAUAAAGCGUUUGAAUCGUGAAUUUGGGCAAGGAGACCCUGAGUUCUUGAAGGAGAUAAUGAUGCUUUCCCGAUACGCACAUAAGAAUCUCAUCUCACUCCUCGGAUAUUGUGACGAGGAUGGUGAGAAGAUCCUUGUGUACGAGCAUGCAUCUAAUGGAAGCCUCGAUCGCCAUUUAAGCUCCACUGCUCUAAGUUGGACACAACGUCUCAAAAUAUGCCUUGAUGUUGCAAGGGGCAUAGCCUACCUUCAUGAUGAUAAAGGCACACAACAAAGAGUUCUCCAUAGAGAUAUAAAAAGUGCCAACAUCCUACUUGAUGACAAGUGGAAUGCUAAACUUUCAGACAUGAGACUUUCAAAAAUAGGACCUGCUAACCAGCAAUACACGGCUCUUUUCACCAAUGUUAUUGUGUUUUCAAUAUACCAACGGUCGGUCAGUCAGAAAUACUAG